UCUCUCUCAAGUGUUAACUGAAUCUGAUACUUGGACUCCCGGAGAUGACGACUAUUCUUGCCGGCCACCCUCCGACCCGGCUGUCCCCCGUCGGAGAGAGUUUCAGUACUCUUCACAGGUGGAUUGAUGGCAGAAUUCUCUGUUUUGGGUAUUCCAAUCAGGACUCUCACGUCCGUACCAUUGUCUCCGGCGGUCCUAAACGGCGCCGCAGUAGGAGUUCAUGGGCCCUUUUCUCUGGUAAGUUGGAGGAUGGGGUUGAAGGGGAUGAUGACACUGGGGACGAUGUCAAGCGGGAAGAUCCUCAAGAGAGCGGAGUUAGCCCUGUUAACAGUGACAUCCUUAGGGAAAAGCUAGAAAAAAUUGUUGGGGUGGAUGACUCAAGUUUCAGCGGGAUAGAUCUUGCAACUCUUAUACGGAAUAAAUAUGGGAGAUCGUAUGAUGUUCAGUUAAUCAAGAAGGAGUUCAUGGGCAGAAAUCUCCUUGCUUUGAAUGUCAUGUGGAAGUACAUGGAGCAGAGAUCAUUUCCACUGACUGAAGAAGAGUACAUUUUAAGGCUUGAUGAUGUGGCAAAUACUUUAAAAUGUUGGGGAGCUGUCUCACAUGUCCGAAGCAGUCUUGAGAAGUUGAAAGAACGGCCUCGAAUAGGAAAGGCUGUGAGCAUAUUUAUAGAUAUGGAUGAGUCCGGGGGCCGUGCAAAUGAGUGGAUAUACAAGUAAACCUUUUCAGGAAAACCACACAUCGGCUUAUUUUGCAGAUAGCGUGCAUGAAGGAUGUCGCCUAUUCUUUGAUAUACUAGCAAAGCUGGGAAGACUGAUCUUGGCUACUCGUAAGUAAGAGAAACACGGGGGACCUGCUGCUUUAUGUUCUUCAGUGGCUAUAUUGCAGUCGCACUACACAUGAGCUGGUCCUGUUGCAGUACACAACGAACAACUGCUUCUUGUAAAGUUUGAGUUGAAUAAUUUGUGAGUUUUUCAGCUUCUUUGCAUUUCUGAAAGAAGAAAUGUUGUUUCCUGAAUAAUAGUUGACACUAUAUAGUGUUACCCUGUUGAUUCUAAGAUGAACAUGGAACCACAACUUCAGGAAUGAAUCGUAUUGCAGUAAAA